CAACGGCAAAUGCGACUGCGCGAAACAUACAAACGGCUUAAUCGUUUGGAACGGUCUUUUCUUCUGCCGCUUCCCAGCCGCCAUCAUGAGAAAAGUCAUGGCCCCGUCUUCUGAACCUUGACAUGACGGUUCGUCGUACCAGCAGCCGCCCUUCGCGUUUCGCACUUGUCCCGCACAGACAUCACCCACGUCGAGUGCAUUAUUCGGAGGUGCCGUCGAUUCAUGCACCACACGAAGUGUGUGGUUUGAGGAGGCUCGCAUGCAACCACACGACGAUGCCCAUCGCGCUUGGCGUGCCCCGUGUGGGGGCCAUUGCGUCUCACGUCACUACCGAGUGCGCAUCAUGAAAACGAUACGACGCGUGUGAGCCCGACUGAGAAGCGUUAUGGGCCGUUUUGCGGUUCGCGGCCCGUCUGCCCACAUUGAGAGGGCAAUCUACUUCGUACUUAUAAUGACUCUGACGAACUGCUCCGAGGUCGGCGCAUAGACAUAUAUAUUUGCGUAUAUAUAUAUAAAAUGACAACUUUCCGAGCUCACUCGCUGUCUCAACGGCCCACGCCGAUGGCUCUUCUUCAGACCUCCAGCUUUUCCAAGUUGAGCACCACCACGGCGUUCCCGGCCACUCGCUUGCCCUAGCCGAGCCCCGUGCUUGGACCUCGAAGCAUAAGCAUCAGCCCAUCCUAGAGUCGGUAUGGCGGCAGAUCUCGUUUGUCUCGUGCCUGGCGAUCGGCAGAUGGCGUGGGCAGCUACGCUCGGCAUGAUGCGUUCGCAGCAUGAAACGACACUAUGUUUCGUUGAUCACACGUGCCUUCUUAGUUCCCCGGGGAGUAGGUUCGCACGUGUGCGCCCAGAACAUCCAUGGAAGUUUCGAGGUUUGAGGAUUUAACGUCUUCCAACGCCCGCCUUCCAUCGACGGCCACUUGGGCAUCUCGCUGCUCCAUGGCAACCUCCAUCUACGACAACCAUUGCUUCUAAGUAGCCUACCUCUUUGUGACGGCUUAGCAAUCUUUCCCAUCAUAACUCGGAAACGUCCUCUUGCAGAGAGCAGACACGCAGUACGGGAUCACUCAAGAUGACUGAAGCAACCAUGAAACGCAUCGUGGCACUCGUCGUGGGCCUGGCGGCAGUGCAAGUCCACGGAGCGCCGCUUGGUUGUCCUGCCGAUAGUGACUGCGACAAGCUAGUCGCGUCACCGCAGAAUCUUGCGCCACGACAGUUUGUUGGCGACGAAGGCGGCGUUGGCCCAGGCCUUGACGACGUCGGCGGCGGCGGCGGCUUCUAUGAUGGCACACCGCUCCAGGGCGACCCUUUCGGUGGUGGUGGCGGCGGCGGCGGCUUGAUAAAUGGUCCUCCGGCCCAAGGCGAUCCUUUCGGCGGCGGCGGCGGCGGCGGUUUGGUAAAUGGUCCGCCGGCCCAGGGCGACCCCUUCGGCGGCGGUUUCUUCAAUGGCCCGCCGUCUCAGGGCGAUCCUCUUGGUGGCCAACCUAGUAUUAUCGGAGGCGGCGACGACAAUAACCUUCCUCAAAAUGGGCCUGUCAACGACGUGUCGAAUCCCGGCGGCGGCGGCAGCUUCCCAGAUGGCCCGUCGUUCCAGGGCGACCCUCUCGGCGGCCAGCCCAGUGUCAUCGGGGGUGGUGACGACAAUAAUCUUCCUCAAGAUGGGCCUGUCAACGACGUGUCGAACCCCGGUGGUGGCGGCGGCGGCUUACUCGAUGGCCCGGCGUUCCAGGGUGAUCCCGUUAGCGGCGGCGACAACAACAACAACCUUCCUCAGAAUGGGCCUGUCAACGACGUGUCGGGUGCGGACCCUGGCGGCGUCGACAAUGGUAGUGGUCUUCCCGGUAGCUCGCCGCCGUUGGAAGGAUUGCCACAAGAAGGACUGCCACAGACUGGACUGCCACAAAACGGACUCCCGCAGAGCGGACUGCCGCAAAAUGGCGAGCCUCAAAAUGGACUGCCACAGGACGGACUGCCCCAGAACGGACUACCACAAAAGGGCGAGCCUCAGGACGGGUUGCCAAAAGACGGACCGCCCCAGAAUGGUGAGCCUCAGGACGGGUUGCCAAAGGACGGACUGCCUAAGGACGGCCAGCCUUCCAAAGAUACGCCCCAGAAUGGACUUCCUAACGACCGACCCCUCAACGGUUUGCCUGAAGAUCGAAAUGGCCAGCCAUCAAACCAGUCGCCGCAAGACGGACCCUCUAAUGACCAGAAUCAAAACGGCAAGCCCAAUGACGACCAGCUCACGGACAAAGAUCCCUCAGGCGGCUUGCCCCAGGACGGCAACCCCUCAAAGGGCUCGCCCAUAAACGGCCAACCCAAAGAUGGCCAGCCCGCGGACAGCAAUCCAUCGAACGGCUCGCCCCUUAACGGCCCGCCUAAGGAUGGGCAGCCCACGGAAGGCAGCCCUGCGAAUGGCUCGCCCCAAGAUGAUAAGCUCAAGAAUGGCGAUCCCUUGGACGGCUUACCCCAAGACGGGCAGCCCAAAGACGGGAAACCUACGAACGGCUCGCCCCAAAACGACAAGCCCAAGAAUGGGCAGCCUACAGAGACUGACCCAUCAAACGGCUCGCCAUUGAGCGGCCAGCCCAAGAACGGCAACCCCCCAAGCAGCUCGCCCCAAGACGGAAAGCCCAAGAACGGGCAGCCUAUAGACAGCGAACCGUCAAAUGGCACACCUCUGUACGGUCAGCCUAAAGAUAAUCAGCCGGCAAAGGGACAACCGCCAAAUGGGGAACCCCAGAAUGGGAAGCCCACGGACAACAAACCUACGAACGGGUCGCCCUUGAACGGUCCGCCUAAAGACGGCCAGCCAGCGAAGGGCGAACCGCAGAACGAACCGCAGAACGGAGAACCGCAGAAUGGGAAGCCUUCGAAUGGGCAACCUACAAAUGGUCAGCCUAAGGACGGGCAGCCCUCAAACAGCUCGCCCCUGAAUGGUCAGCCUAAAGACGGUCAGCCGACGAAGGACCAACCGCAGAAUGGGAAACCUCAGAACGGAAAACCUGAGACUGGGAACCCUCAGACCGGGAAGCCUCUAGAAGGGAAGCCCUCUAACGGGAAGCCCUCGGAGGACAAGCCCUCAGAAGGCAAGCCCUCAAACGGCGAGCCAUCGGAAAAGAAGCCCUCGAACUGGAAACCCUCGGACGGAAAGCCGUCGGUCGGGAAGCCCGCAGACGGGAAGCCCGCAGACGGCGAGCCCUCAGGCGGCAAGCCCUCGGAUGGGAAGCCUUCGCAAGGGAAGCCAUCGGAAGAGAAGCCCUCGGAAAAGAAGCCCUCGGAUGGGAAGCCCUCGAGUGGGAAGCCCGCGAAUGGGAAACCCUCAGAAAAGAAGCCCUCCGUCGGCAAGCCUUCGGACGAGAAGCCCAAGGACGACAAGCCCUCGGAAAAGAAGCCCAAGGACGACAAGCCGUCCAAGACACAACCGCAGAUCGGGCAGCCGACGAAGAAGCCAUCGCCGAGCGCAAAACCCACAAGCAGCCAGCCGGCAAACAAGCCACCCCAGAAAGCGAAACCUACAACCGCACCGCCCACGAAGAAACCCCAGAACGGUCAGCCCGUCAGCGGAGGCAAUGGCACGGUAUGCAGCAACACGCAGGCGGUCCAGCAAGCGGCGAUAGGCUGGCGGAACAGGACCGCGAUCGUGUCGAGCUUCCUCUCCCGGGCGGCCAACCUGGAGCCGGGCCAACUCUCCGCCGAGGCGACCCUCGCGCUCAAGGCGGAGAACGAGGAGCUCCCGUUCAAGGCAGUGCUGGACCGGAACUGCAGAUCGGAGGCGCUGCGCGCGGCCAACGCCACACUGGAAGGGCAAGGGACGUUCCAGCGGGUCGUCGACUCGCUGAAGAGGCUCUCCCGGAACGGCGACAACAUGUCAGCCGCCCAGGUCAGCGAGCAGGUCGACACGACGGCCCGGGGCCGAUGCCGGGACGUGCUGCCCAGCAUUGACAUGUAUCUGGCCGCGGCCGGGAUCGACGCGCAGGCGGUGCGCUCGCGUCAGUGUGGAGCGAGCUUGGCGGACGAAAGGAAGGCCUGCUAGGCGGGCGAGCAGUAUCAUUCUUCCUACUUAUAUCCGCAUUGCACAUAUUGUUUGUUUCCAACGGGGAGGGGGGUUAGCCCAACGCCAGGUGUGUACAGUUGCAAAAAUGCAUGCGCAAGGCGUGCUGAUAGAUGAGGGCACUUGGGGCA